ACCAUCAUCCCUUCCUCCCUCAAACAUACCCAAAACACACAAAUCAAAAGAUGGUAUUCGGUUUAGGAAACAAAUCAUUCCUUACCAAUCCUGCUCAUUAUGCUACUCCUAGCUUGGACAGAGGUCCACCAACAAGCAGAGGCACAGCCGAAAGAACAAUCAAAAAUUACGAUUAUGUUAUCAUCGGUGGUGGAACGGCAGGUUCAGUAUUAGCAAGCAGAUUGACAGAAGAUCCAACGAUUAAUGUUUUAGUCUUGGAAGCAGGUCAAGAUCAUCGUGGAAUUUUGGAAACUAGAAUUCCAGCUGCUUUCGGUAAACUUUUCCAUACAGACAAUGAUUGGAAUUACCGUACAACCGCUCAACCAAACGUUGCAAAUCGUGAAUUAUAUUGGCCGCGUGGUAAGAUGAUCGGAGGUAGUUCUUCAAUGAAUGCAAUGAUGCAUCAUCAUUGUGACGCUCAUGAUUUCAAUGAAUGGGCAAACGAAUUCGGUUGCAAAGGUUGGGAUUACAAGUCUAUGCAACCUUAUUUCCGUAGAUCGGAAAAAUUCACACCAAACCCAAACAGACGUCCAGUUGACGUUAGUCAUCGUGGUAAUGCAGGUUUGUGGGAAACAGGUUAUUCUUACUUAUCAGAAGUAGGCGACAAGGGAUUCAUUGAAGGAUGCAAAGAAGUUGGCAUUCCAUACAACAGUGAUAUCAAUACUCCUUCUGGUACUUUGGGUGUUACCACCUUCCAAACAUUUAUCUCACCUCGUGGAGCACGUUCUUCUGCUGCUACGGCUUAUUUGCCUCAGCAUGUAGUCAAUCGUUCAAACUUGCACAUUGCAACAGGUGUAAUGGUCACAAAGAUCUUGUUUGAUGUUACUACUGGCAGUGAACCUACUGCAAUCGGAGCAGAGCUGCAAACAAAACGUGAUGGUCCCAAGUACCAUGUAGGAGCACGCAAAGAAGUUUUGUUGUGUGGUGGUGCAAUCAAUACCCCUCAAACUUUGUUAUUGAGUGGAAUUGGACCAAGAGAACAAUUGACGAAGCACAAUAUUCCGGUUAUUGUGGAAAACAACAAAGUGGGAACAGAACUGAAAGAUCACUUUUGCUCUUCAGGAUUGAUGGGUAAGACCAAGCCUGGUGUUAGUUUGGAUUUCCUAUACAACGAUCUCAGAUCUUUACCUCAUCUUGCCCGUUGGCUCGUUACUGGUGGCGGUCCAAUGACGACAAAUGUCGGUGAAGCUGCUGCAUUUAUUCGUACGGUUGAUCCGCCAGUUCGUAUGCCUGCAACUUGCAAAGUACAACCGAAAGAUUACGGUUCAGGCGAACAUGGACCUGAUGUAGAAAUUAUUGGAGCACCUUUGGCAUUCAUCGAUCACGGUGAAAGUAGACCACCGGGUAAUGCGGAUGUGUUCAGUAUGGUUCCGAUCGGCUUACGACCACAAUCAAAAGGAACGAUCGAACUUGAAAGUCGUGAUCCAUUCCAACAUCCGAUCAUCAAUCCAAAUUAUCUUUCGGAAAAGAAUGAUCGUGAUGUUUUGGUGGUGGGUGUUCGUGUCUGUUUGGAAAUUUUACGUUCAAAAGCAUUGGAGAAAUAUUUGGAACCUGUUGAAGUGAAUGAUGAUCCUGAUUCACCUUGGUGGCCAUACAGUGCAAGUGAUAUUCAUGCAAUCACGGAUGAACAAAUUGUUUCUUGGAUGCCACAUACUGCUUUCACUUUGUAUCAUCCAAUCGGAACAGCAAGAAUGGGACCUAAUUCGAACGAUAGCGUUGUGGAUUUGCAAUGUAAGGUACACGGAACAAAAGGCUUGCGUGUGAUUGAUGCAAGUAUUUUCCCUGAACAAGUUAGUGGUCAUCCAACUGCACCAAUUAUUGCAAUUGCCGAAAAAGCUGCAGAACAAAUUCGAGGUAUCGCCCUUAAGAAAGCUCAACUUUAAUUUCUAUUCUUUG